UAAUAAGUAAAGUGAGAAAUACAAAUACCUAAUUGAAUUGAAUUGAACAAGUAGAGAACAGCUGGAGAGUUCCCAAAUUUAGCAUAGCAAAGAAGAGAGGAGAGUGUGGUGGUGGGCGGGAAAAUGAAUCGUCUCACGAGUAUCGAUGUGGGAAAAAAGUGAAAAUUUUUGAAGCCCCGCCUCGUCUCGUCUCGUCUCGUCUCGCCAAUUUCGCCUUUUCACUCUCCUUUCCUUUUUGUCAGUCCAGAAACCCUACACUACACUACACUACACUACAAUCGAGCUUCCUUCUUUCUCCAACAUGGUGGUUCCAUGCGCUGCCCAGCUUUCCGACCCCAACAACGAUGAACAAGUCAUGGUCCCCAGGCGUUGCAGUGCUAGAAUCAAAACACUCAAGAGUGACCAGGAAGCUCAGCGUCAGAGAGGAGCACGAUGCCGCUCCAUUGACAACCCUCCUCCUAAAACUAAGGUCUAUAGUAAGAAGAGAAAGGUGGAUAUGACGCCCUCACAACCUGUUCAGGUGGAUACGACGCCCUCACAACCUGUUCUUAAUGACCACGCCAUCACUGUUGCUGAUCCUCCUGUUAAUGAACAUCCUAGCGGGAAUGACAACGACAAAAGUUCCCAUGCCAGAGUAACUGAUACUCUUCGGAAAUUUAACAAGCAUUAUCUCCAUUUCGUUCAGGAAGAGGAGAUAAGAUGUCGAAGAGACCAAGCUGAUCACAAAACUAAGAAAAAUUCUAAAUCUAAGGAAGUUGAAGAUGAUGGUAAACGCAGUUCCAAGCGGCCUGAUCUAAAAGCGAUUACUAAGAUGAUAUCGGAAAAGGAGGUUUUGAAUUGUCAGAGAAUUGGCUCCAUUCCAGGCAUUGAUGUUGGUCAUCAGUUCUUUUCGCGUGCUGAGAUGGUUGUCGUGAGAAUGCAUAACCAUUGGUUAAACGGUAUUGAUUAUAUUGGCCAAGCUGCUGGCAAAAAAGAGGAGUACAAAGGCUACAGUUUGCCCCUUGCGGUGUCCAUUGUUGUAUCGGGACAGUAUGAGGACGAUCAAGACAACUAUGAAGAAAUUGUCUACACUGGUCAAGGUGGAAAUGAUCUUCUUGGUAACAAGCGUCAAAUAAAGGAUCAAGUCAUGGAGCGGGGUAAUUUAGGGCUUAAGAACUGUAUGGAGCAUUCUGUACCUAUAAGAGUUACACGUGGACAUCGGUGUGUGAAUAGUUAUGUUGGAAAGGUUUACACCUAUGAUGGCUUGUAUAAGGUUGUAAAUUACUGGGCGGAGAAGGGUAUUUCUGGGUUCACCGUCUAUAAGUUUCGGUUAAAGCGUAUUGAAGGACAACCUGUGUUGACCACCAAUCAGGUACAUUUUAUUCGAGGCUGUAUUCCCAACUCCAUUUCUGAAAUACGAGGGUUGGUGUGUGAGGACAUUUCUGGAGGACUGGAGGAUAUCCCCAUUCCUGCAACUAAUUUAGUUGAUAAUCCACCGGUAGCACCAACUGGUUUUACUUAUACCAGGGGUAUUAUAUACGCUAAAGGAAUAAAGCUCCCAUCAGCUCCCACAGGAUGCAACUGUCGUGGUUCUUGUCUUGAUCCAAGAAUUUGUUCUUGUGCUAAACUCAAUGGUUCUGAUUUUCCCUAUGUUCAUAAAGAUGGUGGUAGACUCAUCGAGCCAAAGGCUGUUGUUUUUGAAUGUGGUCCGAAUUGUGGGUGCGGACCUGCCUGUGUCAACCGCACUUCUCAGAAAGGAUUGAGAUAUCGGCUUGAGGUUUUUCGUACUCCAUACAAGGGCUGGGGUGUGAGAUCAUGGGAUUAUAUUCCUUCUGGUGCAACCAUAUGUGAAUACAUUGGUCUUUUGAAGAAGACAGAUCAGAUUGACCCUGCAGCAGAUAACAACUAUGUUUUUGACAUUGAUUGCUUGCAAACAAUGAAAGGGCUUGAUGGGAGGGAGAGACGGCUGGGUGAGGUUUCUUUGCCGGGAAGCUGGCAGAAGGAUGCUGAGAAGACGUCUGAUGGAGGGCCAGAGUAUUGCAUUGAUGCUGUCUCUGUUGGAAAUGUUUCGAGGUUUAUUAAUCAUAGUUGUCAACCUAAUUUAUUUGUUCAAUGUGUGUUAAGCACCCAUCACGACAUAGGCUUGGCAAGAGUGGUGCUAAUGGCAGCUGACAACAUACCACCUCUUCAGGAACUCACGUAUGAUUAUGGCUAUGUAUUGGAUAGUGUUUUGGAUCGAGAUGGCAAGGUUAAACAAAUGGCUUGUCACUGUGGAGCUGCUGAUUGUCGUAAACGCUUGUUUUGAUGGGAUAUGUAACCAUUCUUUAUGAGUUAGCUUUAGCACACAUCGCAUAUUUUUUGGGGAUUCUCAAUGUUCUGAUUUCUCGUCAUCUGCACUUCUGCGUAGAGGUUACCUACAGCGGGAAAUUGCCUUAGUCCCAAUGAGAAAGUGAUCUCGUUCAUUUAAUUUCACAUUAAUUUGUGAAUGUGUGUGUUUUUUAAAUAUAUAUAAUACAAAGCUUCUGUGACUCAGUUCCCAAGUAAUCUUGCGAGUCUUAAACAGGUUGAAUCUCUUUUGCUA